CAACAUAUUUUUAUACAAUAUUUACAGCUUUAUAGUGUUUUACGUACUGCUGCCGCAAAACGACAAAUUUCACGACAUUCAAGUAUGUCAGUGAUAAUUAAUCUGAUUUUUAAUUUCAAGAGGAGGUGCUUAAAGUGUAUAAAUAUGGAUAAAUCAAGGUGCAUUGUGGGAUAUUGUGGGAGGCCAGGGACGAACUGAUAUAUUCGUAUGAUCAUCGGCCACUGUUGAAGUACUGGAAGGCUGGAGGGUGUGUCUCUGCAUGAGCAAGCCAGGGCACUCCAGGCCGGUGAGCCUGGCAGCAUUACUGGAAGGGAUGCUGAAAGACGGGAUCUACCUGCAUUGAAAAGGCGAUGACUGAUUACAGAUAGUUGCGUCCGCCACCUCUCCGGCCGGGAGGAUGACAUAGGCGAGGGGGCUUUCCCGAGCAAGUGGUCUCGCAGGGUCUACUACGUCCGAGUGGCGGCAGGAGGCGGGAGAGAGAGAGACGGCGCUGGGGAGCGGGAUGGCGGAGCGGUGGACUGGCUAUCUGUGGGCCUUCCACCUGGUAUCCCACCUGGUCCUUGUUGCCCCGGCAACCGGGGCCCGCCCGCCUUUCAGGACCUUCGGAGCCUCCGAUACCAGCCUGACCCACCUCGCGGUCCACCAGGGGACGGGGGUGGUCUACGUGGGGGCCGUGGACAGGAUCUAUAAGUUGGCGGGCAACCUGACCUUGCUGCGCUCCCAUGUUACGGGUCCCGUGGAGGACAAUGUGCGCUGCUACCCGCCGCCCAGCGUGCAAUCCUGCCCCCAUCCGCUGUCCCUCACCCGCAAUGUCAACAAGCUCCUGCUCAUAGACUACGCCCAGAACCGCCUCAUCGCCUGCGGGAGCACCUUCCAAGGCAUCUGCCAGUUCCUGCGGCUGGAUGAUCUCUUCAAGUUGGGGGAGCCGCACCACCGGAAGGAGCACUACCUGUCUAGCGUUAGUGAGGCGGCUACCAUGUCUGGUGUAAUCAUCUCCGGCCCCAACAGCACCAACAACAAACUCUUCAUUGGCACGCCUAUCGAUGGCAAGUCGGAGUACUUCCCCACCCUCUCCAGCCGGAAGCUGAUGGUCAACGAGGAGAACGCGGAGAUGUUUGGCUUUGUCUACCAGGAUGAGUUUGUGUCCUCACAGCUGAAGAUCCCAUCGGACACGCUGUCCAAGUUCCCGGCCUUUGAUAUCUACUACAUCUACAGCUUCAGCAGUGAGCAGUUCGUCUACUACCUGACCCUUCAACUCGACACCCAGCUAACGUCACCGGAUUCCAGUGGCGAGCAGUUCUUCACCUCAAAGAUCGUCCGGCUGUGCGUGGGCGACCCCAAGUUCUACUCCUACGUCGAGUUUCCCAUUGGCUGCCUGAAGGAUGGCGUGGAGUAUCGGCUCAUUCAGGACGCCUACCUGGCCAAACCGGGCAAGUACCUGGCUCGGUCCCUGAAGAUCUCUGAAAAGGAGGACAUCCUCUUCACCGUCUUCUCCCAGGGGCAGAAGAACCGGAUGAAGCCGCCCAAGGAGUCAGCCCUCUGCUUGUUCACGUUGAGGAAGAUUAAGGAGAAGAUUAAGGACAGGAUCCAGUCCUGCUACCGGGGGGAAGGGAAGCUCUCGUUGCCCUGGCUACUCAACAAGGAACUGGCCUGCAUAAAUUCCCCCUUGCAGAUUGACGACGACUUCUGCGGACAAGACUUCAACCAGCCGCUGGGUGGGACAACUCUGGUGGAGGGCAUCCCGCUCCUCGUCGACGGAGAGGAUGGCAUGACGUCCAUUGCUGCCUACGACUACAGGGGCCACUCCGUGGCCUUCUUUGGGACCAGGAGCGGGAAGAUCAAAAAGGUCUUGGUUGAUUCUGUUGGCCCCGGUUCCGGAGGUCCGUUGCUAUAUGAGAACGUGACCAUCGCCGAGGGAAGCCCCAUACUCCGUGACCUGGUCUUCAGUCCCGAUUACCAGUACAUCUACGCAAUGACUGACAAGCGGGUGAGUCGUGUGCCAGUGGAGAGCUGUGAGCAGUAUGAGAGCUGUGAACUGUGUCUGGGCUCCAGGGACCCCCACUGCGGCUGGUGUGUCCUGCACAAUGUCUGCUCCCGGAAGGACAAAUGUGACCGGGCGAACGAGUACCAACGCUUUGCCUCCAACCUGCGUCAGUGCGUCCAGCUGAGUGUGCAGCCUCGGAACAUCUCCGUCACCACCUCUGAGGUCCUGUUAAUUCUACAAACCCGCAAUGUUCCCGACCUUUCCACCGGAGUCAACUGUUCCUUUGAAGACUUCACGGAGACAGAGGGUCGGAUCAUGGAUGGCCGGAUCUACUGUCGCUCUCCUUCUGCCAAGGACAUCAUUCCUAUCACCAAGGGCCAGGGAGACAAGCGGGUGGUGAAGCUGUACCUCAAGUCCAAGGAGACCGGCAAGAAGUUUGCCAGCACGGACUUUGUGUUCUACAACUGCAGUGUUCACCAGUCUUGCCUCUCCUGUGUUGACGGCUCUUUCCCCUGCCACUGGUGCAAGUAUCGACACAUCUGUACCCAGAACGCGGCUGACUGCUCCUUCCAAGAAGGGCGAGUGAACACGUCGGAGGACUGCCCGCAGAUUCUCCCCUCCACGGAGAUCUUCAUCCCGGUGGGAGUGGUCAAGCCGAUCACGCUGGCCGCCAAGAACCUACCCCAACCUCAGUCAGGCCAACGGAGCUACGAGUGCAUCUUCAACAUCCAGGGGACCGUGCACCGCGUGCCUGCCCUACGGUUCAACAGCUCCAGGGUGCAGUGUCAGAAUACCUCGUACAUGUACGAAGGAAAUGACAUCAGUGAUCUUCCUGUGAACCUCUCCGUCGCAUGGAACGGGAACUUUGUCAUCGACAACCCAGCCAACAUUAAAGCUCACCUGUACAAGUGCACUGCCUUACGGGAGAGCUGCGGACUUUGCCUGAAGGCUGACCCCAAGUUUGAGUGCGGCUGGUGUGUGCUGGAGAAGAGGUGUGUGCUUCAACCCGACUGUCUGACGCCGGGUGGCAGCUGGAUGCACCAAAGCAGCAGCAACAGCAGGUGCACCAACCCCAGGAUCACCAAGCUGGUGCCUGAGACGGGGCCGAAGGAGGGAGGAACCAGGCUGACCAUCACCGGCGUGAACCUGGGCCUGAUGUUCUCCGAGAUCCGAUACGGGGUGCACGUGGGAAGGGUCCGCUGUAAUCCCAUCCCAGAGGAGUACAUCAGCGCCGAGCAGAUCGUGUGUGACAUGGAGCAGGCCAUGCCCCAGGUGGCUGACAAAGGUUACGUGGAGGUCUGUGUUGUGGACUGCAACGAUGACUAUCGGGCUAUCUCAUCAGAGCCCUUCACCUUCGUGACGCCAAGGUUUAACAAGGUGGUCCCCUCCCAAGGACCCAUCUCCGGUGGCAGUCGGGUGACAAUCAUGGGCGUCCACCUCGAUGCCGGCAGUUCUGUGGAGGCUUACAUCGGAGAUAAUGGAAUCUGCCGAUUUGAAAGGAGGACUUCAGGGGAGAUUAUCUGUGUGACAUCUGCCUCGACCACGGGCAAAGGUCCAGCUUCCAUCCGAGUCCACAUUAACCGGGCUCAACUGCAAAACCCCAGCGUUAAGUUCAACUACACGGAGGACCCCACCAUCUCCAAAAUUGAGCCGGAAUGGAGCAUUUGCAGUGGUGGAACGCCUCUCACCGUGACAGGUACCAACCUCGCCACAAUUCAAGAGCCCAGGAUUCGAGCGAAAUACGGCAAAGAUCAGUCGACAAAUGAGUGCCGGGUGUUGAACGAUACGGCCAUGGUUUGCAAAGCCCCCUCCAUCGCGCACAGCGGCCACAACUCAUUGGACGGCCCAGUUCAACCGGACGAGGUCGGCUUUGUCAUGGACAACGUCCAGUCUGUGCUCAUCAUCAAUGGGACGGGCUUCACCUACUACCCUGACCCCUCCUUCGAGAUGCUGAGUCCUUCAGGGUCUUUGGAGCUGAAACCCAGCUCCCCAGUGAUACUGAAGGGGCGGAAUCUGAUCCCCAAUGCGCCAGGCAACGUCAAGCUGAACUACACGGUGCUGAUCGGCGACAACCCGUGCGUGCUGACCGUCUCGGAGACGCAGCUCCUGUGCGAACCUCCCAACCUGACCGGCGAGCAUAAAGUCCUGAUCCAGGUAGGGGGCCUGGAAUUCUCUCCCGGGAUCCUCCACAUUUACUCGGAUAGCCUGUUGACCCUUCCAGCCGGUUUUGGCAUUGGGGGAGGUGGCCUCCUGCUGCUGCUCAUCAUCAUCGUCGUGCUCAUCGCCUACAAGCGGAAGUCCCGCGACGCCGACCGCACCCUGAAGCGCCUCCAGCUGCAGAUGGACAACCUGGAGUCCCGGGUGGCUCUGGAAUGCAAGGAGGCUUUCGCUGAGCUGCAGACGGAUAUCCAUGAGCUCACCAGCGACCUGGACGGAGCCGGGAUUCCGUUCCUCGACUACCGAACCUACGCCAUGAGGGUCCUUUUCCCAGGAAUAGAGGAUCACCCGGUGCUCAAGGAGAUGGAGGUGAAUGCCAACGUGGAGAAGGCGCUGACGCUCUUUGGGCAGCUGCUGAACAAGAAGGUCUUCCUGCUGACCUUCAUCCGCACGCUGGAGGCUCAGCGAAGCUUCUCGAUGCGAGACCGAGGAAAUGUGGCCUCCCUCAUCAUGACGGCCCUCCAGGGCGAGAUGGAGUAUGCCACCGGGGUCCUCAAGCAGCUCCUCUCUGACUUGAUAGAGAAGAAUCUAGAGAGCAAGAACCACCCAAAACUGCUGCUCAGGAGGACUGAGUCGGUUGCAGAGAAGAUGCUGACGAAUUGGUUUACCUUCCUGUUGUACAAGUUCCUGAAGGAGUGUGCAGGGGAGCCGCUCUUCAUGCUGUACUGCGCCAUCAAACAGCAGAUGGAGAAAGGACCGAUCGACGCCAUCACCGGCGAAGCUCGCUACUCGCUGAGCGAGGACAAGCUCAUCCGGCAGCAGAUCGACUAUAAGACAGUGACCCUGAACUGUGUGAACCCAGACAAUGAGAACGCCCCUGAGAUCCCCGUCAAGGUGCUGAACUGUGACACGGUCACGCAGGUGAAGGACAAGUUAUUGGACGCCUGCUACAAGGGUGUCCCGUACUCUCAGCGACCCAAGGCAGCGGACAUGGACCUCGAAUGGCGGCAGGGAAGGAUAGCACGGAUAAUUCUCCAGGACGAAGACGUGACAACAAAGAUCGAUAAUGACUGGAAGCGUCUCAACACUCUAGCGCACUACCAGGUCACAGAUGGAUCGUUGAUAGCACUUGUACCGAAACAGACCUCAGCAUAUAAUAUAUCCAAUUCUUCCACCUUCACCAAGUCUCUCAGUCGCUAUGAGAGCAUGCUGAGAACUGCGAGCAGUCCCGACAGCCUCCGCUCUCGGACGCCGAUGAUCACGCCUGACCUGGAGAGCGGUACCAAGCUCUGGCAUCUGGUCAAGAACCAUGACCAUAUGGAUCAGAGGGAAGGAGACCGCGGCAGCAAGAUGGUGUCCGAGAUCUACCUUACCCGCCUGCUCGCUACCAAGGGAACCCUGCAGAAGUUUGUGGAUGAUCUCUUUGAGACGAUAUUCAGCACGGCACACAGGGGCAGUGCCCUCCCUCUCGCAAUCAAGUACAUGUUUGACUUCCUGGAUGAACAGGCGGACAAGCACCAGAUCACGGACCACGAUGUCCGACACACGUGGAAGAGUAACUGUCUACCUCUACGAUUUUGGGUGAACGUAAUUAAGAAUCCUCAGUUUGUCUUUGACAUUCACAAGAACAGUAUUACCGACGCCUGCCUCUCAGUGGUUGCCCAGACCUUCAUGGACUCCUGUUCCACCUCCGAGCACAAGCUGGGCAAGGACUCGCCCUCAAAUAAACUACUGUACGCAAAGGACAUUCCAAACUACAAGAACUGGGUGGAGAGGUACUAUGCUGAUAUCUCGAAGAUGCCCGUGAUCAGCGACCAGGACAUGAGUGCCUAUCUGGCUGAACAGUCUCGACUACACUUAAGUCAGUUUAACAGUAAUAGUGCACUCCACGAGAUCUACACCUACAUCAAUAAGUACAGGGAUGAGAUUUUGACGACUCUGGAGAAAGACGAGCAGGCGAGGAGGCAGCGACUGCGCAGCAAACUGGAUCAAGUGAUUGAUGCCAUGGCUUGUAGCAGCUGAGAUCCCGUCGGAGAGGAGAGACAGAGGGAGAGAGAGAGAGAGGCAGGAGGGUGGGGGGUAG